AUGGCAGCAAUAUCGAUGAAUACCUACAGAGCAAACGAACAGGAAGUUGGUGUAGAAUUUUUCGAUCAGAUUGAUAAUACAGUAAAUGAUGUUGUUACACGUAAUCGGUGGGCUCAAUUACAAGCAGCACAACUCAGCGAAGCAGAAUUAGAAGAAGUUGUUCAAAUGCAAGGAUUGGAAAAUGAUGAACAUACACGACUUUUUACAAAAUUUUUAACAUUGGCUACAAAUUUUUCAUCAGCUAAUUUUACUAAUCGUUUAAGUAGUGUACCGAAAGUCGUACAAAGUAUUGCUGAUCUUCUUGAUGCAAUGCGUCGUGAAGUCGAAGAAUUUGCUGAUAUUGCCAAUCAAUUCGAAGAACUUGUUUACAUAUUUGGUAAACUUGUGAUCGAUACACAACAUAAAAUGGGCUUGAUUUUACCUCAUAUGUUUGAAGCUAAAGAUCAUCUUUCUGUAUUGACCGAUGUAUUCGAUUCAAGUGGAACUACUCUAACAACUGUUGAUCAAAAUGAUAUUAAAAUUGCUAUGAAUGGUCUAUUGAAAGGUAUGAAACAAAUGAUCGAUUUAUCACAUAGUAGUGGUCAAGAAAGUCGACAAUUAACUGAACGUAUCACUAAAUUAAAAACAAAUGUUCAAAAACAACGUGUAACUGUACAUGGACGAAUUCAUCUAUCAAAAGCUCUUAGUUGUCUUGGUCCUUUAGCUGGAGCUGGUAUUGUUGCACGUGCUGUUGGUACAUUAGUUGCAAUUAAAGAAUUUGGCGGAUCUGGUAUGCUUAUUGUAGCUGGUGCAAGUUUGAAUCCGAUUGUAGCUAUUAUAUGUGGUGCAUUGCUUGGAGGUACACUUAUUGUAACUAUUGCAGGACUUGUAUAUCGUUUUUGGACGCGUCAUCAAUAUAAAGCAUUAGCGUUUCUUGAAAAAAUUAGUGUGGGUCUCAUGGAAUUAGCAAAUGCGAAUUUAUUCUUACUUGAUUAUCUUAAUAAAAGUGAAGAAACAGCCAAUACAAUUAGUACACAAAUUGAGCGGAUUCAAUGUUCACUAACCAGUGAACGAUAUCGUAAACAAAAUGGAAAGCUUUGUAAGAAAGCAUUUGAAACAGUCGAGCAAGCUGUUCAAGUUAUUGAACAUAUUCGAAAUAUUGACAUAUCACAAUGGCUUACACGGCAGAGUUUGCCACGUUUCAGUGUACAAAAAUUUGCUUCACCUGCAGCAAUAUCUCAAUAA